AUGGCGGGCGAUCCGGACUGGGCGGCCAUUAAGGCCUCCCUCAUACGAUGGUUCUACCUCACUGUCUCGCCGGACAUCUUCCACACGAUCGUCUCGGAGGAUGACGACGCGUGUGCCGUGUGGACCAAGAUCAACAACCUCUUCACCGACAAUAAGCUUCAACGACUUGUGUUUUUGCAGAAAGAAUUUUUCGGGUGCCACCAAGAUGACUCCUCCAUCGAUGACUACUGCAUGCGCCUCAAGCGGCUCGCUGACGAGCUCCGCGACAUCGGCGCCAAGGUGUCCGACAACCUCAUGCUUAGCACUCUCACCGCCGGCCUCAAUGAGGACUUCGGCAACGUGGCCUCGAACCUCUCCCUGCUGCCGAACCCGACCUUCCAGUCUGUCGCCGCGUAUUUACGCUUGGAGGAACGCCGGAUGAAAAAGGUCAAGGCUCGAGUUCAGCACACCGCCCUCGCCGCCGGGACGUCUCGCGGGACGCCUCAACCCGCCCCGCCUCAACCGCGCCCGCCCGCGCCACCGGGGUACUUCCCCCUCCCCGCCGGCUCCGCCCGCACCACCCGCUCCUCAGCAUUAGCAGCAGGGUGGGGGCGGUCGCCCCGGGCCACAACAGCAGCAGCAGCAGCCGGGGCACAGGGGGGCUCCACGCCAACAUCAACCCUCCCCGCCCUGGACCGUCGGCACUAA